AUGGAGGAGACAAGGAUUAGUGGUGAUGACAACCCCGGCGCAGGGAGCACCGCGGCUGACCCCUCUUCCCCCUUCACCCCCUACGCCGCCGGCUGCGCCCCUUCGUCUCGAGGCCCCGGAGCGGCGACGGACGAUGGCGAAGAGGAGAUCGCCCACCUCAUCAAGAAGUGCGAGUGGUGCGCGACCACGAAGGCCAAACUCCGGCAAUGCUUCAUGAAGGCACACGCGCAGGUCCUUCGCAGCGUGCGAGUUUCCCGGGACGGCGAGCACUUCGUGUGCCUCGCCACCGGAAAGGUGUUCCCCCGGAAGAGCCAAGAUUUCAAGAAGUUCUACAUGCGGUUGAAGCCGGGGACGCGGCCGAGCCCCGCCAGGCCCGUCGCCGGCUGGCUCUGCGUCCCGGGCGCCUCGAACGUGGGCGAGGAGACAGUCCCGGCUCGGGGUAGCGGCCGCGCACCUCGCGGGCCCCCUGAUGACGGCGACGGCGACGGCGAUGAACCUUCGCGCCGGGCCGUGCGCCCCGGCUGGGUCUGGAUUCAAGAAGAUGAUGACGAGGACGAGGAUGGGAACGGCGGUGGUGGCGGCGCGGUUGCUGCUGAAAGAGCGGGGGCAGGGGGGGCGGACGAGAACGGGGGUGAAGGAAAAGCGGCGGCGGCGGCGGCGGCGGCAGCAGCGGCGGGAGCAGCGCCGUCAUCUUCGACCAAGCGCAAGAGGUCCUCGGCGGGAGGGCCUCGAGAGGAGGGGGGCGCGGGGGGGGGGACAGCGGCGGCGGCGGCGAAGCGCAGGAAGUCGCGCAGAUCGGGCGCCGGAGUGCGAGUCAGCCCUGUCGGGAGCGGCGGCAGGCUCGGCGAAGACAGUUCAGCGGGGGGGAACGGCGAGAGAAAAGCAGCAAAGCCCUCAACUGCCAAGAACCGGGGCGGAGUUGCGGCUCGGGUAGGAGCCCCCCCCCCGGGGGAGGAAGAGGCGAGGGGCUCAAGUGAAGGGCCGCCCUCCAUGUCCGACUUGGCCACCAAGGACGAGGUGCAGCAGGCAUUGGCGUGGAAGCUGAGGGCUUGCGACGAGCGGGAGUCGGAGCUGAACGGCGUCAUCGCAAGAGCCAACGCUGCGCUGGAGGAGAACGACGACCGCCGGAAGGCGGCGGUUGCCGAGAGCGAGAGGCAGCUCCUGUCGAUCAUCGCGCAGCGAGAGGCCAAGGCGGCCUACUGGGAAAAGGCAAGUCGUGACCCGCGUCCGUUUUUGUUCUACUGCGGCGAGCAUGACGCUGGGCGCUGA